GUUUUCUGUUGGAUUUACAUCAUCCGCCUUUCCAUCAAAUGGGCAAAGUUGGGAAUAACAUUGCAACGUUGGAAUAUAAUGAUAUGCGUUAUGCAUUUCUGAGAACUGCGGUGUUGCUUCAUUGGAGAGAGGCUAGCUAGCUCAGUUAGCUUGCUAGCUAGCUGGGUGAUAAAAGUGCGACGUUUCAUCUCCCAGUAUUUUGGACAUGAAGAGGAUAAUUCGCUAUUCAUAGGGCUGGAAGAAUGUCAUCAGAGGAUAAGACUGUGGAGCCCUCUGACCAGGGACCCUCACCGCCCUCCAGCAGUGUAGGGGCCACGUCCACAGGAAGUCCUGCCCACGCAGACAAGCGACCACGUGGCAGGCCACGCAAGGAUGCUGCUGCCAUCCUACCCCAGGCACCACCCUCAUCCACGCCUAAGAACAGAAAGAAGGGUCGCACCAGAGGGAGAGUUGUUGUGGAUGAGGAGGACAGCAUGGAUGGGACUGAGAUAACAGAGUCCGUAGGCCCUCAGGACACAGAAACACAAAUCCAGCCAGUGGAAACUGUGGAAGUGGUGGCCAGUGAGGUGCCAGAGGAGGACAAGCCCUCUUCCCCUCUGGCCCAGAGCCCUCCAGCCGAGAGUUCAGCAGGACCAUCUGUCUCAGCAAGUAGAGAAGUCAAAAGCAGUGAGCGACUCUGUGCCUUCUGUUACUGCGGUGGCCGUAGCCUACUGGGUCAGGGGGAUCUGCAAGUAUUCUGCACCACGCCUCAGUUUGAAGCACUAUUCAGCCACAAGGGUGGAGGAGGCUCGACGAAGACCACCUCAGGACCGAGGGAAAAGACAAACGGGUCUGAAAGCUGCGAGGAAGAACCAGACCCAGCCAGUCGAUUUUGGGAUGAGCUUUCUCAUGUCGGCCUUCCACAAGAUCUUAAAGUCCAGUCUGUCUUUGAGUCAGGGCAAUGCUGGGCACAUCAGAGUUGUGCCUUGUGGUCCGAAGGUGUUUGUGAGGGCGAGGGACAAUCUCUGCUUAAUGUGGACAGAGCCAUUGACUCAGGGAGCACAAAGCACUGUGCAUACUGUAAGCGCCUUGGAGCAUCCAUUAAGUGCUGUGCUGAAGGAUGUGCUCAACUUUACCAUUACCCCUGUGCGGGGGCAGCUGGGACCUUUCAGGAUAUCAGGAGUCUCUCGCUCCUCUGCCCAGAACACAUUGAAUUGGCCAUUCACAAAUUUGUAGAUGAUGUAAAUUGCGCACUAUGCGAUAGCCCGGGGGACCUACUGGACCAGCUCUUCUGCACCAGUUGUGGUCAGCAUUACCAUGGGAUGUGCCUGGACAUGGCCGUGACCCCUCUAAGGAGGGCAGGUUGGCAGUGCCCUGAGUGCAAAAUCUGCCAGACAUGCAAGAAUCCAGGAGAGGACACUAAAAUGCUGGUGUGUGACAUGUGUGACAAAGGCUACCAUACCUUCUGUCUGCAACCUGCUAUGGACUCUCUUCCCACCAAUGGAUGGAGAUGUAAGAACUGCAGAGUUUGCAUCCAAUGUGGAACACGAACCAGCGGGCAAUGGCAUCACACCAGCCUGCUGUGCGAGAACUGCGUCCAAAACCAGGACCCUGCUCUAUGCUGUCCUACGUGUUCUUGCAUCCUGGACCCUGAGCAUCACAAAGACUUACUAUUCUGCCACACUUGUAAAAGAUGGCUACACCUUGAGUGCGAGCGUCAGAACUCAGGCCAAGCAGAAAUCCACCCCAGAGAGGACUAUGUCUGUUCCAACUGCAGGUCUCCCGCUGCAGAGCAGACGCUACAGGCAGAGGAUAUGGAUACUGGCCCAGAGCUCAGCCCUCAGCCUGCCUCCAUGCACACAGACACUGAGACUAGCCUACAGCUGGCUCAAAAGCACACGGACCUAGAACCUGGCACUCAGCUGCCUCCUGAAAUGCACAAUGACCCCAAACCGGAAUUACUUGCUGUUCCAUUGCACUCAGAUCCAGAGCCUGUUCAGGCUACUGUCCAGGAGGAGAAGCUGGCCACGUCAGCCCAGAAGCCUGAAACAAAACCAGCAGCAAGAACCCAGCUCACAUCUACAGAGAGUCCUGCAUCUUCAGCGACUCCCAGCCAGGAGCCGGAGUCUGUUCCAGCCCAGCUCUCUACAGAGGCUCUACAGACACCGGACACCACAUUACAAAUCAAACCAGCAAAGACAGAGGCCUGCUCUGAACAGGGCAUGGCCAACCCCAGCACAAAGGAUUUUAAGGCCAUCAUCUCAGCCACCAAAGAACCAAGUACUGCAUCAGUACCUUUCACGGACCAACCAAUGGAAGUCUCACUACCCCAACCUUCAAGUAUGGAUGUAGUCAGGGCUUCUUUUCUGGAAACUGCUCCAAAAGAACUUAACAAGGAGAUGAGGGAGGGUAUUUUUCACAGGAAUCUGGCAGAGACUGUUAAGCCCUCAGCUUCCACUACAUCAGAGGAGAUGGACACUACACCAGAGAGCAAGCCUAAUCUGUCAUUUCCCAGCCUGUCUUCAGAGGAGAAACCCCUCAAGACGUCUGUGGAAAGGUUGGCUGAAAUGGUUUCCUCUUCUUCCCACUCCUCCCCUCUACUCCGAGGGACAUCUCCGAGAGAGCCACCACAGACCCAUAUCCUACCUUCACUGGGUGACCACAGCAGCGUGAUGACCACCACCACCCUCAUACCACUCACCCCAAAGAUUGGAAUGGGAAAGCCAGCCAUUACCAAGAGGAAGUUUUCUCCUGGGAGGCCACGAGUGAAACAGGGUGCAUGGAGCCCCCAUAGCAGUGUGAGCUCCCCCUUGUCCUGGUCGCCAGACCAGCCAGAGGGGUGGGACGUCCCAAAGACCAGGCAGUCCUCUGGCAGCCCCGGCUGGAGCAUCAGAGUGGGUCGAGGUUCAGGCUUCCCUGGGAGGAGGAGGCCCAGAGGGGCAGGUCUGUCAGGUAGAGCUGGACGCGGCAGGGCCAGAGGCAAGAAUGGAGCGAGUCCCAGCAUCAACCCUGGGAUCACUACAAUAGAAACACCAUACCCAGUCAAGGAGGAGGAGGAGAAUGCCAUGCAUAACACGGUGGUCAUAUUCUCCAGCAAUGACAGUUUCACACUAAAACAGGACAUGUGUGUGGUGUGUGGGAGUUUUGGCCUUGGAGCAGAAGGCCGUCUUUUGGCUUGUGCUCAGUGUGGCCAGUGCUACCAUCCAUUCUGUGUCGGCAUAAAGAUCACCAAGGUGGUGCUGAGUAAAGGCUGGCGUUGUCUGGAGUGUACAGUGUGCGAGGCCUGUGGACAGGCUACAGAUCCUGGCCGCUUGCUGCUGUGUGAUGACUGUGACAUCAGCUAUCACACCUACUGCUUGGACCCCCCACUGCAGAACGUACCCAAGGACAGCUGGAAGUGCAAAUGGUGUGUGUCCUGUACCCAGUGUGGCGCCACCACACCAGGCCUAAGGUGUGACUGGCAGAAUAAUUACACCCAGUGUGCACCCUGUGCCAGCCUUCCAACAUGCCCCAUCUGCCUAGUGGACUACAGUGAAGGCACCAUCGUCGUGCAGUGCCGCCAAUGUGACAGAUGGUUUCAUGCCUCUUGUCAGGGUCUCCAUUCAGAGGAAGAUGUAGAGAAAGCCGCAGAAAGCAGCUUUGACUGCACAAUGUGUCGAGCUUUCAAGACCACUAAAGUUGUGACCAAGGCCAGAGACGCUAUUGAGCCUGUAGUUAUGACGCAGAUUGUCACAAAGGCAAAAGAAAUGGAUCUAUCAAGGACCUACACCCAGGAUGGUGUUUGUUUGACAGAGUCAGGGCUAUGCCAGCUCCAGAGCUUGUCUGCUACAGCGUCACGGCGCAGAAAACCCAAGCCAAAGCUGAAGCUAAAAAUCAUUAACCAGAACAGUGUGGCAGUGCUUCAAGCUCCUGUAGACCCCCUCUCAGAACACUCUCGUGAUGAAGACAUGGAGGACAACAGAGGCAGGGCUGUCACUCAUCAUCAAUGCUCUCUCCCUCUUGCAGAGGCGGAGCUCAUAGAUUGUGAGGGGAAGUCUGACUCAAGCCUGGAGCGAGAGCCAGCAGAAGACGACUCCAAGGGGGCCGACGGCGGCAAGAAGAGGAAGAGGAAACCGUACCGGCCGGGCAUUGGUGGGUUCAUGGUCCGCCAGAGGAGCCGUCCAGGCCAAGGUCCAGGCAAGGCCAAACGAUCCCUCUGCAGAAAGGAUUCCUCUGGCUCCGUGACAGAGAACCUUGUUGGAAAAGAUGAGGGAUGGACAGAGGCAGUGCCUGAUACUCCUGUGGAUGAGACGCCCCCUGGACCAGAGGUCCCAGAAAAAAUAAAGAAACGUUACCGAAAGAAGAAAACCAAACUAGAGGAGGCAUUUCCUACCUAUCUGCAGGAGGCUUUCUUUGGAAAGGACCUGCUGGACAAAAGUAAGCAGAGCAGGCAGCAGGGGGUCGAACCAGGCUUACUGGAAGAAGGGCAAAGCCAAGUGGAGAGAAAGCACCCCACCACCAGCUUCCUGGACCCUUCAUCAGACCCUCUGCUCAGUGCCUCAGCAACAUCCCUUCCUAGCAGACCCACAGCAGCACGUACGUAUUACUCUGAGACGUCUGAGGAACCAUUAGUUGAUCUAUCUGAUGUUCUGAACACUGAUGCAGACAUCUUGGGAAUGCUCGGAAAGCCAAGCAAUGACUCUGGUCUUGAUUUUUGCCCCUUCCAGGUUGACAGCUCACCUCCUCCUUUUGCUGGUCUGGACAUUGGGCCCCUGGCAGACAGUUCCCCAGUGGCCUCCCAGUCUCAGGCUGGCCGGAGGACGCCUCGAACCCUCCCAGAGGAACCCCUGGACGGUAUUCUCAGCCCAGAGCUAGACAAGAUGGUCACCGAUGAAUCAAUUCUCAGCAAACUUUACAAAAUUCCAGAGCUGGAGGGUAAGGAUGUAGAGGAUCUCUUCACAGCAGUCCUUAGCCCCAGCACAAGCCAACCACCUCCACCACCACAGAUGCCUCACCCCCAGGGUCCAGGGCCCCUUCCUGCCACACCUGGCACUAGCAUGCCUCACCCCAACCCAGGGAAUCCCAUGUUCCCAAGGAUGCCAAUGAUCAAUGGUAUGAUGGGACCAAACCAACGCUUCCCCACAAAUCCAGGAGCAGGACCCUGUAUCCCAGAAAACUUCUCCCCCCUUAACCGUAUGCCUUUCACUGACAAUCCAAGGGAUAGAAAGUUUAAUCAGAUGCCUAGAGAGGCAGUUGGUCCAUGGCCCUCCCCGGCCCAUGGCCCUGGCCCUACACCCCCUGGAUCUCUGCCUGAGGGGGAGACUGAAGCCAUGUCCAAUGCCCAAAGGAGUACACUUAAGUGGGAGAAGGAAGAGACACUUGGAGAGCUAGCCACUGUUGCACCCGUCCUCUAUACCAAUGUCAAUUUCCCCAACCUCAAAGAGGAAUACCCAGACUGGUCCACAAGAGUAAAGCAAAUUGCAAAACUUUGGAGGAAAGCUAGUUCACAAGACAGGGCCCCAUAUGUGCAAAAGGCAAGAGAUAACCGAGCAGCCCUGCGCAUCAACAAAGUCCAGAUGUCGAAUGAGACGGUGAAGAGGCAUCAUCCACAGCAACAGCCCCCUGAGGUGUUUGAUCCCAACAUACCACUAGACACAGAACUGCUGUUUAAAGACCCUUUGAAACCAAAAGAGUCAGAGCAUGAACAAGAGUGGAAGUUUAGACAGCAAAUGAGGCAGAAAAGCAAACAGCAAGCCAAGAUUGAAGCCACUCAGAAAUUGGAGCAAGUUAAGAACGAGCAACUCCAGCAGCAACAACAGCAGCAGCAGCAACAGCAGCAGACCAACAGCCAGUCAGAGGGAGACGGCAACACCAGUGGGAACCAGAGCCCAGCUUCCCAGCCCAGCAAUGGCAGCAUGUCCCCCAUGCAGCAGCUCAACUCUAAAGAAGCCUUUGCCAGGCCACAACUACCAGGGACGCCUACUUCAGGUCCUCCAGAGGAUGUGUUCUUACGCCCACCUCCUCCGCCUCCAUCUGGCCCUUCCUCCCAACCUCAGUCCCCACAGGUAUUCUCACCAGGUUCCUCUGGUUCCAGACCCUCCUCUCCAUGGGACCCAUAUGCCAAGAUGGUUGGGACUCCAAGACCGCCAACUCUCGGGCCAAAUACCUGUCGCAGAAUGGUGGAAUCUGGUAAAUCCCCCACUUCCUUGAUGGAGCAGCAGGACAGAGGUCGGCCCUCUCCUGCUCAUGAAUCUUUUGGCUCUCCAACAUCCAUGAGCAGUGAUCCUUAUGCCAAACCUCCUGACACCCCAAGGCCAACUGGGGAAAUGGACCCUUUUUUGAAGCCCAUGGGUCCACCCAGGGCCAGUCAGGCAGCUCAGGGAAGACCACCAAUGGGUUCACCAGGCAGAGAUCCGUACUCAAGGCCCAUGAUAAGAACUGAGGCCUAUCAACGCAUGGCCCAGAACAGGAUGAUUUUGUCUGACCCUUACUCAAGGCCUUUAUUAACACCAAUCCCCGGAAGUAAUGAGUCUGGCUCGGUCCCUCUGUUCAAAACACCUAUGCCCCCUCCUCAGGCUCAGGAUCCUUUCAGCCGCCCAGGUCCACAUCCUACUGACAGGUUUUCUCAGAAUCAGCAGAAUGACCCCUAUGCUCAGCCUCCGCAUACCCCAAGACCAUCUGGGAAUGACAACUUCACCAGUCCUCCUAGAAUGGGCCAGCAUCACCCUCAGGGGCACUUUGCUCAGCCAGGACCAAUGACUCAAAUGUCUAGAAAUCCUUAUGCUCAUGCACCUUCCACUCCAAGGCCUGACCACUUUACAUAUGACCCCUUCGCCCAGCCCUCUGGUCCUAACAAGCCAGCUCCUGACCCUUUCUCUCAGUCUACAGUUAACCAGCGAUCCAUCAACGAACCCGGUGCUCAACCUCGUCAAUUUUUCGAGCCUUAUGCUCGACCUCCCGGUACCCCGCGUCCGCAUGACAACUACGGUCAGCCAUCAAACAUCCCUAGCCCAUCCUCAGAUCCUUACUCACAGGCUCCUGCUACUCCACGCCCCAGUGGGAUGAACCAGUUCACUCAUCAGUCGCACCCGGGACAGAGGAUGUCACCUUCCCACUCAGUGGACCCUUAUGCUCAGCCACCUGGUACUCCACGGCCAUCAUUGGGAGAAAGGUUUUCCAAGUCACCAGGCAGCCAGAGGGGGCCAAUAGAGCCAUUUACUAGUACACCUGGGACAUCAAGGCCAGGAAGUAGCGACAUGUUUCCUCAGCCUGGGGCCCCCAGACCAAUGCUUAAUGACCCUUACGCCCAGCCUCCAGGGACCCCACGGCCUGGUCCUGAUGGGCUCAGCAGACAAGUGCCAAGGCCAGGACCAAUGGGAAGCCAGGACCCUUUCUCCCCACCCCAAGGCAGGCUUCAGGAGCCCUUCUCUCAUCCAGGCUCACAAACACCAAAACACCCAAGUGUGUCUGAAGAUGGAUUUAUUCAGUCACCUUCCAGAAGACCCAGUCUGACUCCUGGCCAUGACCCAUUUGAACAAGCCCCCAUGACCCCUCGUCCACAGUCAACAGAGAAAAUGGAAAUGAAAGAGCAGUCGGCUGUGGGUAACAAUGGAAGUGUCCCUCAAGACCCAGGCCAACUGUCGAACAACCCACAAAUGCCGUCUGAGGCUCAGGGUGUUGCUCUCGCUGAGAGUGAGGAAAGACUCAGACAGCGACAACGAAUUAGAGAACUAAUCCUAAAGCAGCAGCAACAAAGGAGUGCGAUUCGACAGGAGAGGGGCCCUCAAGAGCCUGCUGGUAACAUAGCCCCAGGAACACCACGACCCUGGCCCCAGGAGGGCCCUGGGCAACAGGGGGAAAUGUUCAACCGGCCUCCCCCACCUUAUCCUGGACAAGGACCCAUGAGAGGGCCAAUGAGGUUUCCUGGACCUUUUCCAGGGGAUCAGCGUGUCUCUUUUCCUAAUGAGGGACAAAUCCACCGGGGCCCACAUCCUGGAGAUCCUAAUUUGAGACAUCAGGGACCAAGGUUUGCAUUUCCACCUGGCGUUCUAGGCCCACAUGGGCCCCAAGAGUUCUUUCCCCGGGGGCAACACCCAAUGCAGGAUAUACCUCCUCAAAUGAGGCGCUCCAUGUCUGCAGAAAUGGCAAAGAAUAUGGGAGGCAACCCUAUGGGGCUGCCCCAACACUUCCCACCACGUGGAAUGCCAGUGCAACAGCACAACAUAAUGGGCCAGCCUUUCAUUGAGCUGCGGCACAGAGCAGCAGAAAACAGGCCACGUAUGCCAUUUCCACCAGGUGCCAUGCAAGGAAGCAACAUUGAUCCCAACUUGCAGGUUCAAAGACCAGCAGGCUUUCCAGGAGCACCCGAUUCCAGGUUCCCCUUAAAUCAGGGGCCUAGGAUGAUAGACCCUAUGGCAAGCCAGACUGGUCAUGUACAGCUAUCUGCCAGCAUGGACAAUCUUCAUCAGCAAGCCCAAAUGUCAGGAAACAAUACACUCAAACAGUCUCCUUUGAUGAGAUCCAUGAGCCAGCCUGCUUCAAAUGAGAGCCAGAACAUGGCAGCAUCAAUGAUCCUGACUGCACCCCCUGCUGGGCAGACCGAAACUGUCUCAGUGGCCAGCACUGAAGCUGUGGAGGAGAAACUAGAUGCAGAAGAAUCCGCAGUCAAAGAUCUGGAGGAUGUGGAGGUGAAAGACCUGGUGGAUGCUGACCUGGAAAACCUAAAUUUGGAUCCUGAAGAUGGUAAAGACCUAGACCUGGAGACAAAUGACCUACACCUUGAUGACUUCCUAACAUCUGGGAAAUUUGAUAUCAUUGCUUAUACCGACCCUGACCUAGAUGACAUCAAGAAAGACAUGUUUAAUGAGGAAUUGGAUCUCAGUGAUCCCAUGGAUGAUAACACUGACACCACAGACAUCAACAAAAACUCAAGUACUGAAAGUGAGGCUUCGUCCAGUUCAGCAUCUGCACUGGCAAAGUCGGAGGCCUCAGGUGAGCAGUCUUCAGCUGAGGUCAAGAUGGAAGCCCCUGGGAAUCAGGACUCUGCUUCUUUAGCACCUGGGAAAGAAAUUAAAACAGAGGUCAAAGACUGUCAGAAACCUCCUGAGGUGAUAGACCAGCAAGCUGCUGGAAACACCUUAACCUCAAACCAGCAGGGAGUUCUCUCUGACUCCACCCCAGUCCUUUCUAGUUUACUCAUUAAGCAGCAGCCUGAGGAGCAGUCAUUAAAUCCAAUCGUUGAAUCUGUCACUCAAGGAGGUAACCUCAUGCCCCAGCAGAACCAAGUCACUGACACUCAGCAUACCUCCGGACUUACAAUGAGUCAAACAAUAUCUGACGCCACCACUGCCGGAGAAGCCUCUCUGACCAGCUUUGGAGCCGACCACCAGGUGGGGCUAACCCCUGGAGUGGACCAGAGCGGUCUGAGUCAGGCCCAGCAGACAGCGUUGAACCAGGCGAUGGGUCAGCACAACCAACAUCGUCCUCUUCUGCUUGAGGAGCAGCCACUCCUAUUGCAGGACCUCCUAGACCAGGAGAGGCAGGAGCAACAGCAGCAGAGGCAAAUGCAAGCCAUGAUACGACAACGUUCCAGCGACUCCUUUUUCCCCAACAUUGAUUUUGAUGCCAUCACUGACCCCAUCAUGAAAGCCAAAAUGGUUGCCCUGAAAGGCAUCAACAAAGUUAUGGUUCAGAACAACAUGGGAAUGGCCCCAAUGGUCAUGAACAGAUUUCCUCCUGGUCCUGUACCACCUUGUCCUGAAAGUACACCGCUUCCUCCACAAGUUCUUGGACAGGAUGGUAAAUUGACACAAGUAACAAGACUGAAUCCCCCAAACUUUGGACCAGGAUUUGUCAACAAUGCUCAGAGGGCUCAGUACGAGGAAUGGCUCCAGGAGACUCAGCAACUACUUCAAAUGCAGCAGAAGUUUCUGGAAGAGAAGAUCGGAGCUCACAGGAAGUCUAAGAAAGCCCUGUCUGCCAAGCAGAGAACAGCUAAGAAGGCAGGGAGAGAGUUCCCUGAGGAGGACGCUGAGCAGCUCAAACAUGUCACAGAGCAGCAGGGAGUGGUGCAGAAACAACUGGAGCAGAUCCGCAAGCAGCAGAAGGAGCAUGCUGAACUGAUAGAGGAGUACAGAGUGAAACACCAGCAAAACAAUAUGACACCCAUAAUGCCCGGGAUACACCCUAUGCCAGGCCCUGCUGGCAUGGUCCCCAGUGGACCACCAAUGGUUCAGCCUCCUAUGAACCCGAUGAUGCAGAUGCCACUUCAUCCUGGCCAGACAAAUGCACCGCCACGUAUGCCCAACCCACCACCUGGCUGGCAUCCGGGUGCUCCCAUGCCCAUGGGUGGACCAGGAAUGCCACCAAUAAUGCCCCCCCAGGUACCUGUGGGAAAUCCAGGCCAGCCCCAUCAAAUGCCAAUGGGUAAUAUACCUCAGCACUCACAAAUGCCUGUGGAGCCCCAAGCACCACCAGCUCCACCAGGUGGUGUAAAACCCAUGCAGGCAGGUGGUGUGAAGUUUGAUGACAACAAUCCAUUCAGUGAAGGAUUCCAGGAGAGGGAGAGGAGAGAGAGGCUUAGGGAGCAGCAGGAGAGGCAGCGGGUACAGCUCAUGCAGGAGGUCGAACGACAGAGAGCCCUGAAACACCGUAUGGAAAUGGAGCAGCAAGGGAUGAUGGGGCCAGAAGGGAACAUGGCGCCACUCGCUCAGAUGCCAUUUUUUAAUGCAGAGCUGCCACAAGACUUCAUGCAGCCUCAGAGGCCCCCUCUACAGCAACAGCCUCUUGGUCCAGUGUUUCCCCAGCAACAGGGCAUGCCGCCUGGAAUGGGUUCACCACCUGGAACAUUUAUGCAAGGUGAAAGGAGAUCUUUGAUGGGUAAUGGGAUGAUGCCCCCAGAUAUGGGGCCUGGUUUAGGGCCUGAUAAUCUUGCCCUACAAGCACCUAACUUCCCCCAGGGUCAGCCAAGGCCUCGUCAGUUCAGUGGCCCAGGAAUGAUGCUUCAGAUGCCGGGUGAGGGUCCACCAUUUGACUCAGCUACACCUCUGCCAUCUAACUUUCCAGGCUCUGGUCAGUCUCUUAUCCAACUUUACUCCAACAUCAUCCCAGAUGAGAAAGGGAAAAAGAAGAGGAGCCGCAAAAAGAAGAAAGAUGAUGACGCAGAUUCAGUCAAGACACCUUCAACUCCACACUCUGACCUAACAGCCCCUCUCACACCAUGCGUCUCAGACACAUCCUCAACUCCAACCAGAAACACCCAUCUCUUCGGAGACCAGGAUUUGUCAAGGUCCCCGUUACUGGGAUCUUCCACCCCCAGUCAUUCAGAGCUGGAAAGGCAGCUUUCUGGAGGACAGUCUGGACAACCUGGUAUGUCAUCAGACACAGCAAGGACACAGGCUCAGGAGCAUGACAGGAUCCUCAACAACAUAAAGCUGGAGCAGACUGAUGCCAGUGAGUGUCAUGGGCCAAGAGAAGGCCCCAUCGGCUCAGAAAUGAGCUCUGUGAAGGAGGAGGGCAGUAAAGGGGGCACGUCUCCCUUCCCUGCAGGGCAAAGUCCAAACAAGGGUGAGGCUGGCAAUGAACUACUGAAGCACCUUCUGAAGAACAAGAGUACACCUCCACCUGGAUUGCCCCAGCAGAGGUCAGAGGAGAGCCUGCGCUCAGAGGAGGAGGAACCUGCAGAUUGCAAAACCCUGCUAAGGCAAAGCUCCAUGGACAGCAAUGGGGCAUACUCGGAUGGCACCCCUGACUUCCCUGGACCUCUGCUGCCUGAACAGGAGAAGAAGAAAGGGAGGAACAAGAGAGCACCAAAAGGAGGAGAGAAACCUGCUUCUCGCUACAAGAAAAGGAAGAAGGAAGGAGAUGAGAGGCAACUGAUGCACUCUGGCCCUGACACUGUAAUGGCCCAAAUCAAACAGCAGCUCUCCCUGCUGCCCCUCAUGGAGCCCCUGAUUGGGGUCAACUUUGCCCAUUUCGCUCCCUAUGGCAGCGGCCCGCUCAAUGGAGAGAACCUCUUAUCUGGUACUUUUGGCAGCGCCUCACUAGAUGGAGUGUCUGACUAUUACUCCCAGCUGGCCUACAAGCAGAGUAACCUGAGUAAUCCACCAACACCGCCGGCAUCUCUCCCUCCCACCCCACCACCUGUGAACCGACAGAAAAUGAUCAAUGGAUUUGCCACAACAGAAGAGCUGGCCAGCAAAGCUGCUGCCAUGGUGUCCAAAGGCCUGGUCCCGAAGCCGCUACAUGUCCCAUUUAGGACUGAGGAAGAUCUGCUUGCCAGGGCCAUUGCACAGGGACCCAAAACUGUGGACGUUCCAGCCUCCCUCCCAACCCCUCCACACAACAACCAGGAGGAGCUCAGUAACAGAGGACAGGAGCCGUGCAAAGACAGGGACACACCUGACAGUUUUGUUCCAUCCUCAUCUCCUGAGAGUGUGGUUGGCAUGGAGAUCAGUCGCUAUCCAGACCUUUCUCUGGUGAAGGAAGAGCCACCAUCCCCCUGCCUGUCUCCUGUCCUCCCCAUGCUUCCUGCACCUGAUGGGAAAGGGUCAGAGAUCAAACUGCAAGAUAUCAAGACUGAGCCAUCUGCAAUGUUCUUUGGCCCCCCCUUUGGACAUCAUGUGUCUAAUGAUUCCAAGCAAAGGCUGGUGUCUGUAGCUAUCACACUGAGACCAGCUGCAGCUGAGAACAUCACAGGUGUAGUGGCAGCCAUUUCAGACCUACUAUGUGUGAAGAUCCCCAGUAGCUAUGAGGUCAGCAGCACCCCAGACAGGGGGCCCCUAUCUAUGCUCAGUGGUCCAAGGGUGGGCCCCCAUGGCAUGGAGCCUCGGCCUCCCAUGCUCUUCCAUGGACAAGGAGACAAUGGGGGGCUUCACGGGCGGCCUGGACAGAUGAUAAGACCCAUUGGAGCACAUGGGAUGAUGCAACAGCAGCAGGCACAUCAUUUCCGCUUCCAUCCCAACAGCCCAGGUGCAGCUGUAGCUCGAGGACCUGACCACAAGACCCCUGCCAGCCCUGGAUGUAAACCACAGUGGUGCUGCCACUGUAAGGUGGUGGUUCUGGGAAAUGGAGUACAGAAAUCCUUUAAAGAUCUCCCUGCCCACAUGAAGGAAUCCGAAGGCCGUUUGAAAUCUGAAGACGACCUGGUCUUCUGCAGUCACAGCUGCUUUCUUCUCUACUGUUCCUCAUCACCACUGCAGUCUAGAUCAACCACUGAAACUAAGGAAUCAGUGUCCCUCCUCCCUGCCUCAGAGCAAACUGAGAGCCUUUCUAAAGCUCAGCACCAGUACAGUAACAACAUGUCAUCGCUGGAUGUUCAUUGCCUGGCCCAGCUUCAGCCCAAGCAGUCUCCACCCUCUACCCCACCUAUCCCCUUCCCCACGGCAGGAGAGACACCAAAGAUGGAAACAAAAUCUGAUGCCAUCAAAGUGACAGUGAAGCUGAAGGCCCGGCCAAGGUCCCAUGACGGGUGGCAUCAGGGAAAAAGACAGAAAGGACUCCGCUGGAGGAAGUGGACUGUCCAGGUAGUGGUGCCAAGAGGGAACUCCCAACUCCCAGAUGAGGAUAAGAUUGACGAGCUCCUCAAGAAACUAGGGGCUUCCCUGCGCCCUCCUCCCUCACUCCGGGACCAGAGGCGUUGCUGUUUCUGCCAUCAGUUCGGAGAUGGGAUCACUGAUGGCCCUGCUAGGUUGCUUAAUCUCGAUCUUGAUGUAUGGGUUCAUCUAAACUGCGCUCUGUGGUCGACUGAGGUGUAUGAGACCCAGGCUGGCGCCCUCAUCAACGUGGAGCUUGCACUGCGUCGCGGUCAGACUGUACGUUGUGCCUACUGCCAGCAGACUGGAGCCACUAGUGGCUGCCACCGCCUACGCUGCACCAAUGUCUACCACUUCACCUGUGCUCUGCAAGCUCAGUGCACCUUCUUCAAGGACAAGACCAUGCUAUGUCAUGCCCACAGGCCCCGGGGUACAGCAGGACAAGCACUGGAGCAUGAGCUGCGUUGCUUCGCUGUCUUCCGACGUGUCUACGUCCAAAGAGAUGAAAUGCGUCAGAUUGCAACUGCAGUACAGCAGCCUGAGUUAGGCUACACCUUUCGAGUCGGCAGCCUGGUGUUGCAUGCGAUGGGCCAACUAACCCCUCUUCAAAUGACAGCUUUCCAUUCCCCAACAGCCAUCUUUCCAGUUGGCUAUGAGGCUUGCCGGAUUUACUGGAGCAUGCGCCAUGGCAACCGCCGUUGCCGCUACGUUUGUUCUGUUGAAGACAAAGAGGGACAGCCAGAGUUUACCAUCAGAGUCAUCGAACAGGGCUACCAAGACCUGCUCCUGACUGACAACUCAGCUAAAGGAGUGUGGGAUAAGGUUCUGGGUCCUGUUGCUGAGAAAAGAACUGACUCAGGCACUCUAAAGCUGUUCCCUGUUUACCUGAAAGGAGAGGACCUGUUUGGGCUCACAGUCCCUGCAGUCACCAAAAUCACUGAAUCGCUCCCUGGAGUGGAGGCUUGUGACAGGUACUCGUUCCGUUAUGGACGCAAUCCUCUUGUGGAGUUGCCUCUCAUGUUCAAUCCAGCUGGCAGUGCCCGCUCCCAACCAAGGACAAACUCCCCCUAUACUUCACUGGUGAUAAGGCCACAACCACAGGCUGUAUCCAGCAGCAAUGCCAGGUCGAACCAGAAUGUGGCCCAAGGAGAAGGUGGCGCUCCCCAUAGCAAGCCUCCGGUAGUGCACCCCAGGUCCUCUCAGUACCGCUGGAUGAAGAGUGAGUGGAGAGCCAAUGUCUAUCUUGCCCGCUCCCGCAUCCAGGGCUUGGGGCUGUUUGCUGCUAGAGACAUUGAAAAACAAACUAUGGUGAUCGAGUACAAUGGAACCAUCCUACGAAAUGAGGUUGCCAACAGCAAGGAGAAGAUCUAUAGAUCUCAGAACCGAGCAGUGUUCAUGUUCCGCAUCGACAGCGAACAUGUUGUUGAUGCCACUCGAACUGGAGGGCUCGCAAGAUAUAUCAACCACUCUUGUGCCCCGAACUGUGUUGCUGAGGUGGUGACAUUUGAAAGGGGUUACAAAAUCAUCAUCAGCUGCAUUCGCAGAAUUGAAAAAGGAGAGGAGCUGUGUUUCGACUACCAGUUCGACACCGUGGAGGGCCAGCACAAGAUCGCCUGCCACUGCGGAGCUCCUGAAUGCAGGAAGUGGAUUAACUAAGGAAAAACAACAAACCUAAAUGCAUUCCUUGCUAUAGUGUGUGGAUACUGUGAUCUCUGCAGGCUUCACACUAAAGUGAUUUCAUGAAUGAGCAGAAGGCCUGAACCCUUGGAGGAGAUGAAUGAAUUUACGCAUUGGUUCAUUAAGAUCUUGGGAAAAUCAUGGGUGGAGGAAGGGAAAAUGUAACACAGUAGCAGGAUGUGACUUGUGCCAUAUGUGAGGGGCUCUGUUGUAUGAGAUGCCUCUGUCUGUCUGUAUGUAUCUGUGUGUUUGUUUGGUGUACAUGGGGUGAGGAAUCCACCAGCGAAUGAGAAAGCACUGUGCAGGGUGCGGCCUUAUUGCUUACUAAGGGCAGGCCCUUUUGUUUCAUACUGUUAAUGUAUACCGUAUGACUAAAUGUAGACAUCACUGAAUGAGGAAUGUACAGCAAUGAAUACUGCGAAGGGAAUAUUAACUUGCACUAAAAAAAAAGAAAAUAAACAAAAAAAAGAAAAUACACACACACACACACAUACACACACACAUACACACACACACACACAAACUUUUAAAAUACUUGAUUCCAUGAGUCAGUUUUAUCAUAGGUCUCUGUCAUGUGAUUUGUGUGGAAUUCGAGAGGUUUUGUAUUUAUUAGAGUGAAUGAAUUUUAUUCUCAAAAUGAUGAGACUGAGUUGAAGAAGGCUAGAUUGCUAUUGUUUUUGAAGAUUGAAGAAGACAUGCUGUUACUUUUGUAUAAAUGUACAUAAAGAAAACUAUAGGAAUAACCGACCAAAUACUACCUUAACCUUCUUGAUGUUUGGGUGUUUUUGAAUUGUUUCUGUUCUGUUUGUCAUUGAAAUUUAUUUAAGAUGGACGUUAUUUCAGUUUGAGAGUAUAUAUUAUGAUUAUUCUGUACAGAAUUUGUAAUAUAACCACAAUAAUUCACAAAGUAUUUUUGUUGUAUUAAAAGUAAGGUAUUGUAGCGUAUUGUUUUGUGACUUACACAUACUUUGACCACUCAAAAAAGAAAUAUUUUUGUUGACUAACGUAACGAGUUAUCAGUUACAGAAACAAAGAAAAAAAAAAAA